AUGACUCGAGAAGAGUAUGUGCAUUAUUCAGAAUGUCGACAAGCAUCUUUCACAUAUAGGAAAGCAAAACGAUUCCGUGAAUGGGCUAACAUGUCUGCUUAUAUAGAUAUGAAACCUAAUGAUGACAUUAUAGACAUUCUCGGAUUUCUCACAUUUGAGAUGGUUAGCACCUUGACGGAAACAGCUUUAAGGGUCAAAAGGGAUUUAGACAAGGACCAAAUUAUUCACAACAAGAGCCUCAAUCGUCCUAGAGGAACAUUUGAAGAUGAACAUGAAAAUAGGAAUGUGUAUUUAUUUUCUUCACCUCCUUCAGAGCAAACUGCUUUACAACCCUCACACAUUCAUGAAGCAUUUAGACGACUGCAAAUGCUUCUUCCUAAGCCAAUCAAAAAUUUUCGUGGGGGUUUGGUUAGAACUAAAGUUUCUCUUAUUUAG